CACAAACCCUGUGGAAUUGCCCUUUCGGGCAAGAAAGUUCUCGACCGUUUGGAGCUCGUUUCUGGCGAAUCUGUUCCCCACUGUGCUCAAUGGAUCAAAUGACAGCUGGAUGAACAGGCAAGUGGCUUCCGAGCGUUUGGAAAUGAGAAAAACAAUUUCCACACACGGUCCCACAAGUCAGCGAUUCAUCGAAACAACAAUCGAUCCAAUGUCUGGCGGGAAUUCGCCGACACAAGUCUCGGAAACCGAGUGUUCCGGAACUGAUCCAAGCCCUUCGGGAGCAGGCAAACUCGAGAUUGCACCACGUGAAAUCUAAUCCACCGUCACGUCAUAUGCUUACACAUGUUCGAGGCGAAUCUCUAGAGGUCCACACUGCUCGACGCGCUGCUAUCGGGCAGCUACACAAAUCGACUUCGAAUAUGGAGAAGACGCUUGCAAUGAACGUGGACUUGGCUAUACCCCGGGAUUCUGCGACUGAAAACAACGACGGCAACAUCUCAGAGCGCGUUGGGUAAAGAAUUGGAUGCACUCGGUGGAUUUACCUGCCGACGAGAACGGUGUUCUUCAGUAGUCAGACAGGAAUAGAACUGAUUCCAAAAACUCGGGAUGAUCUCGUCGAAACUUGUUCCGCGGAAAGCGUCGACAUCAAAAGGGUCAAGGACUUGAGCUAGUCGCAACCUUUCGGCCUCCAGCGAGCUUUUUUCAGAUAUUUCAAAGCGCGCAAAUGACGCGCGCAGCUUCUUGAUGAUCACCAGGCAUCGGCGCAUGACCCCGCGCCACCAACUUUGAACUGACCAGCAGCGUAGCGUGGUUUCUACCAUGCGUCGUCAUCGGGACCCUCAUAGGCGAUCAUGAUCGGCCGAUUCGGAGGGAGAAACAAACGGGACCGAGAUUGAAAGACGAAACAAGGAAGCCAUAGGUUACCCAACAGAAAAGGGGAUCCCACCGAUACUGGAUCGCGGGGCCGUUUACAACAUGUGAAUGCGAUUGGUCGAGCCAAGCGGCUAGGCCAGCUGGCCCUGUCGGCAGAAUGAGAGCUGCGUAAGGUGGCCUUGCCGCCUUGCGAGUUUUCAUUAUCACCUCCAUGCCCCCGUUUUGGAAGGAUUCGGACUGCGCCGCUUAUACCUCCAUAUGGCACGUGCGACAGGCGCACCACGGUCCGCUUCUCGGCCUCAUGUUCCCGCUCUCUGUUGUCGCUGGGAGACGCAUCGGCCCAGGCCAAGUUCGCAUUUGCAUGCAAUAAUCCAAAUAACGCGCUCGAGACCAAUGACGAAGCCCAUAUGAGUACAGGCGUCCCUUAUAAGUGUAAGAUAUCGGAAACCAAUCUUCACCAUGGUUUUCUUGCACACAGUCAGUCUCUCCCUCCUCUCUUUGGCGCUCUCUGCCCGGGCCUCCUUCCAGGACUUUGGCAUCCCCCAGUCUGACGCCACUGUCAAUGUGCGCGUCUUCGAUGUGGGAACGACCACAAUGGCCAAUGCGAUGGCGCUGUUUGUGCAUCCUGUGCUGACCGGCCGGGAGAACAUGACCUCGUCGAUGCUCUCGUUCUUGAUCGAGCACAACGGAAAACGGAUCUUGUUCGAUCUGGGGAUGAGGAACGACACCCAGAACUUUUCGCCCACCGUCGCCAGCUAUUUUCCCGGACUCGUCGCCAAACUCGAUGAGCCGAACGGGGAGAUCACGGGCAUUUUGAAGACGGCCGGAAUUCCUCUGAACACCAUCAACGCUGUGAUCUGGAGCCACGCCCAUUUCGACCACAUCGGAGACAUGUCCAAGUUCCCGAACAGCACCGAGCUGAUCAUCGGAUCCGAGACCGACAUGGAUACUUACCCUCAAGUUCCCACCGCGAGCUUGAAGGCUGAGGAUUUCGCCGGCCGCACUGUGACCAAGAUCGAUUUCUCAAAGGCCAACCUCACGUUCAGUGGCCUCAAAGCCAUCGACUACUUUGGAGACGGAAGCUUCUAUCUCAUGGAUACUCCUGGUCAUAUGGCGGGCCAUAUCACGGCGCUGGCUCGCACCACCAACUCUUCGUUCAUUGUCCUCGGUGCCGACACCUUCCACCAUCCCGGCGAGGUUCGUCCCCGUCCCGCUUUCCAGCAGCAGUACCCCUGCCCCGCCCAUCUGCUCGAGGACGCCAAGGCGAUCUCCACCGACUACUUCUGGUCGCCCAAGAGCAGCUCGGGCGUAUUCGACCUGACCUCGCGACCGGAACAGCUCUUCGCCGUGGCAGACACUGCAGGCUCGUUCUACGCCGAUCCAGUCACCUCGGAGAUCUCGAUCGUGAAGCUUGCGAACUUUGAUGCGGAUCCGGACUUUUUCGUGCUCGCCUCGCAUGACAUCAGUCUGCGCGGGGCGAUCCCUGUGUUCCCUGCGUUCUUGAACCAGUGGAAACAGCAGCAGCUGAAGGAGAACAGCGUGUGGGGAUUCCUGAACAAGUCGAGCCCGUCCUUCAUCUUCACGACGGUCUGACGGCUGAGCGGCGCGGUGGUUACAUUAUAGACAUAAAUAGACCCAGUAUUCCAAUUUUAUUUUCGCGAGGAUGACGAUCGGUCAUCGCUCCGACCUAGACCAUCAUUUGGAACCCUCUCUUCCC